AUGGAUUAUGAUGAGCUGGAUCCAUUCUCCAGUGAAAGCCUCUGGAGACUCUCUAAAUUCAGCAUAGAGGCUUUACAGCCAUUGGGAUCUUUACCAUGGAACACUACUCUAAGUGAUGAUGCUACAUCCUGCUUCGAAGUAUACCCACAGCCUACAGAUAAGAUUGAUCCUGUAUGGAAGCUGGACCUCUUUCCAACCGACCUGGAAAAGCCCGAAUCACCUCCCGACUCGAUCAUCAAUCCCUCCAUAGACGGCGAGUCUGAUGCCACAUGUGAUUCUUUAAGAGAAGUUUCCUGCGAUGACAACGAUAUAUGGUCCCUGGACUCACUCCAGGAAGACCCCGCUCAAAUACACCCCCAGAAAUCAUGGGAGAGGUAUCAACAUAGAUCUUUCCAAGAGCCUAAAGGUGUCUAUUUCAGUGAAUCUGGGCCAAAGGGCUUCGAUGCAGUUUUGGAACGGCAAAAUUCCACAAAAAGAGAUGGCGCACCGCAACGACUUGUUCGAACAGAUGUUUUUAUUCAAUCGUUGCUUCGUCUUGGGCUUGGCUGGAGCUCUGCAUUCUUUCGCUACAAUGAAUGCACUCACCAAUUUGAAAGAUAUUCCAAGGACAUCCGGAUCUCUGGUAUCAGCUCAUUGGCAUUGGAAAAUGUGAUUGAAUAUGUGGUCCAAUGUGGUACCAAUAUGCAGCGCAUGCGGUUGUUUGCGCAAGACCCGCCUGCAAAAUGCAGAGAAAUGUCUGCUUUGUUCACAUUAAGCAGCACGGUCGCAGUAAUAAUCUUUAAUCUUGAAGAACUGAUCUCCGAUCACUCAAAAAAUAUUACAUCACUUCUACAGAUAAAGGCACUCUUUCACCGCUGCGGGGACUUGAUAGGUGUGUUGGCAGCUAUUGUCGGUGCAGCACAAAGGGCUGUCUCAGACGCACAAGUCAUGUCAAUUGUCACAGAACGUGCUGCAUUUUUUGCCCAUAAGUUUGACUGGAUAGAGAACCUUGUGCAUGAGAUUGUGAUCAGUGUGACUCGGCCAUGGUUCAAAUUCGUCGAGACUUGGAUUGGGCUUAGGCCCGAAGAUGCAACCCUCAAAGAAUCUAUGGCAAGCGGCAAAACCUUCGUCAAACUGGUGACUCAUGACGGCGGCAAGUUUAAGACUGGGCCAGUACGAAUCGACCACAUCUAUCAAGCGGACCACAUGCCGUCUUUCAUUCCUGCGGACCAAGCCCGUUCCAUCUUUGAGAGUGGGCGGAGUCUUCAGCUUUUGAAAAGAUCCCAUCCUCAUCAUCCCAUCGCGAAGCGUGAUGUCCUAUCGCGAACCGGGAGUCUACAUCUUCAUUGUGCGACCACUUGGGCUGAUAUUGAGCAAAUUCAAACAAAAGCCCAGGAGUACGAGUCAAGUCUCCGUGCUGAGGUCAAGAAAUAUCAUAAGGGUGAUGCAGGCUUGCAAGAUACACCAUCAGUAGUUGCCACUCAGGGUGUCGAUCAAAUCACCGACACAGAAGUCACAACGGCAGCUUUUGAACUCUUCGACAUUGAUGAUGAGAAAAAUGCUCCAGGGCCACUCACAGACCACAAGGCUCUUUCGAAGGAUGAUUUCAAGUGGCUGCUUAACAAAGCCCGGGGAUUUGGAUCUGAAAAAGCCAAUGAAGAACGCUACCUGUGUCCUGAAUUGACCCAUGGCCUCCAUCUAUCGCUUGCGCCCAUUCUUUCAUCACAGGCACUUCUGGUUGACUACUCUUGCUUGCACCUUCUCUUCAAGGAGCAUCGACUCCGGCAUCAUCUCAACAUGCAAUGGCGCUUUCAGUUGCUGGGAGAGGGCUCGUUUGUCGCGCGGCUUUCUCAUUCCCUAUUCGACCCGGAAAUGGAAAGCGGAGAGCGAAAGGCUGGGAAAGUUCGUAGUGGUGUUGAUACUGGUCUACGCCUCGGUAGUCGUGAUACAUGGCCACCAGCUAGUUCGGAGUUGCGACUCGUGUUGAUUGGCCUGCUUGGAGAUUGUUACUUUGGCAGCACAAAUACAGAUGAUGACGAGAAAACCCACAUCCAAAGGGAUAACGAGUUGCCUGGUGGCCUGAGCUUCGGCAUUCGAGACUUGACAGACGAAGAAAUUGAAGGAUGUAAAAAUCCAAAUGCAAUACAGGCUUUGGACUUCCUUCGUCUGCAGUACACGCCUCCAGAAGUCCUUGAAUCUCUCAUCACUGCUCGCUCUUUGAAUAAGUAUGAUCGUCUCUUCAAGCAUUUAUUGCGAUUAAUCCGCAUGGUUUCUGCCGUCAAAGGACUUAUUCGGGAUUCAACUUCUCGAGUAUCUCUGUCAGGAGACACACGCGAUGUAUACCAGAAGUUUAGAGUGGAUGCCCAGAAUUUUGUUCUGGCAGUCAGUGAUUACUGCUUCCACAUUGGCAUUGGAUCCAUCUGGCAGCGCUUUCAAGGCACACUUUCCAAAAUUGAACACUGCCUCAACCGGGGUGAUAUCGACGGCACGAUCGAAGCGGCGCACUCGGUACCACGACUCCGAGAUUAUCACGAAGACAUCCUUGACCAGAUGCUCUUCGCGUUAUUCCUCAGUAAGCGCCAUGCCCAGGCGGCCAAACUGCUUGAAUCCAUUUUCGGUACUAUCCUCGCCUUCAGUCUUCUGUCAAGAGCAGAUGCAAUUGGGAUGCGCAACGAAAGCGAAGGAGCUGUUCUACACCUCUAUCAGUCUUUUAGAAAACAGACCUCCGCCUUUGUCAACUACCUUCGCAGCUUGGAGUCCGGUAAGGCCACUUCAAAAUCAAUGGCGAAAUCAGGGGCAUUCUUCUACUCGCGAACAGACCCAACCAGUGUCUUUGAGCAUCUGCGAGUGAGACUGGACGUGAAGAACUACUAUUGA